AUGGACAGAGCACCAUUUCCUGAUGCCACGGGGCUGCGCGCCCGUACGCAAUCCCGUGAUAUGUUCACAGAUAGCGUGGUCGGGUCUCUCGGCAGCGCGACCGUAGAUACCACGAUGCAGCUGGACGAAAUCGCCGCGGCGGAGUCGCGUAUGCAGGUCCGUGAAGGAAGUGCCUUUUGUCUGGCGUGGGCCGUUGUGUUGUACGAGUACCUUAUGCACGAGAGCGACGAGGUGGCAUUCGAUGCCGUCGUCCUCCCCCGCCGCGAAGCUGCGGCCGUGCGCCUCUGUGACCUGGGGCAAGGCACGCUAUGCGCCGAAAGUGCGCUAAGCGCCAUUUCGCGCGAUUUGCACGGCGCGUCUGUGGCUGUUGAGGGCCCAAGCGCUGUCCUAUAUGCAAAGGGUGCGACGCGUGAUGCGGCAUUUGGCGAAGCGCGCGCCGUGUUUGCCGAAUCGCCGCUCACCCUUGCCGGUGUGCUGCACAAAAGCGCUGGGAAUACCGCGUCGCUGAGUAUGCUUGCCUCCAACGCAGUCCACAUUGAAGAAUCUGCCAAGGUGCAGCUGCGCCAGGUCGCUGCUGUCCUGGAAACGAUUGUGCGCGACGCAAAAGCAAACUUGCUCAGCAGCAGUGUAUACAAUCUCGCGCUGCAAGGGCUUGUUCACCCCUGUCCCCAGCAUGUACACAAUGACAUGAAUACAGAAGGCGGCAUUGCCACCGAGCGCCUCGAGGACCAAUUCAAGCGCCGCGCGCAAGCCAUGCCCGAUACUCUUGCACUCGCAUGCUGUACUGCGGUAGACGCCGACGGCAGCAACCCUGUAAUUAGCACCUGGACCUAUGCGCAGCUCGACCGGCGUUCCGACGAAAUAUGCACACUCCUCUGGGCGUAUCGCGCCGGGUACGCAGGUGCGGACGAGGGCGACCAAGUUGUGACGCUGUGCAUGGCCAAGACGCUGGAGAUGUACGCGACGAUCCUCGGCGUACUCAAGGCCGGUGCAACGUGGUGCCCAAUUGAUCCCGGGUGGCCCAAAUCGCGCCAGGAAGCGCUCAUCACCAAGUCUGGCGCGCACGUGGUGCUGAUUGCCGGCGACGACGUUGCGUCUGCGUUUGAAAGCGUGCGUCCGCAUGGCGUGGAUGUCGUGCGUGUGGAUGUGGCGCACGAUUUGUCGAGUGUCGCAACCCCCCCACGCUCCGCGCUGCGCGCCUCGCCCGAGCAGCUGGCGUACAAGAUCUGGACGUCGGGCACGACGGGCCUCCCCAAAGCCGUCGGCAUUCAGCACACGGCGGCUGUACAAGGCAUGCGCGCCUUGUGCGAAGCAGUCCCGACCACCUUUUCUCCGCAGCCGCGGCCUGGGCAAAUCCGCUUUUUGCAGUUCGCCGCGUAUGUCUUUGAUCUGUCCAUCUUUGAUAUCUUUUACACGUUUGCCUAUGGCGGCACGGUGUGUUUUGCGCCCCUGGACCUGCUCCUCACGCGCCUCGUGCCUGUCGCAGACGCAUUGCAGGUCACCCAUACGCUCUUCACCCCUGCAGUCUCGGCCAUGGUGCCCCGGCACAGUAUACCAUCGAUGCGCGUUGUGAUCAACGGCGGAGAGAAACUGUCUGAAGUGGUCGCGGACGAGUGGACCAAAAACUGCCGUCUGGUCAAUAUAUACGGCCCUGCGGAAGCCACUUUGUCUGUUACCAUGCACGAUCUCCCGCCCCACGAUCCAUUCAAGGCGCACGUCAUUGGCUAUGCCCUUCCGACCGCGCUGUGUGUGAUUAUGGACAAGUACGGCAACGUUGCGCCGCGCGGCGCAAUCGGCGAGCUCAUGCUGGGCGGCCCCCAACUUGCGCGGGGCUACAUUGGCGACGAAGACAAAACUGCCGACAAGUUUGUCCAGCACCCCACGCUCGGGCGGCUCUACCACACGGGCGAUCUCGCGCGCUGCCUCUGGGACGGGCAGUACGAGUACCUCGGGCGCGACGACGACCAAGUGAAGAUCAACGGCGUGCGCAUCGAGCUUUUGGAGAUCAAUGCCGCGGUCAAGUCCAUCUCGGAUCUCGUCCGCGACGCCGACACGGCCGCGAUGCAGAACGAAGACGUGGGCGCGCCGCCAAAGAUUGUGAGCUUUGUCGUGUUUCCUUUGGAAGAAGAGCACGAUGCUGCUAGCCCCCUUGUGCGCACCGACCCCGACGCCCUUCUCCUGGCCAAGGAGCUGCGCGGCGGCGCGCAGAAACUGCUCCCGUCCUACAUGGUCCCUUCGCAUUUCAUUGUCCUGCGCGCCUUUCCGCGCACGUCGAGCGCCAAGAUCGACCGCGUGGCGGUGAAGAAUGCCUACACCGCCCUCGACCUUGUCCAGUGGGAGCAGCAGCUCGUCGCGGAUACCUCCACAGUCCAUCUCGAGGAGGACGCGCGUGUCCUACUCGAUCCUCUCGCGCGCGCCGUGCGCGAGAGGAUCCCCACGCUGUGCCCCGUAUCUGCCGACCAAAUCACUGCGCGCAUUCCUUUCCCGGUGCUUGGCCUGAAUUCCGUGCGUGCCAUGGCCCUCUCUGCGCAACUCUCUAGCGCGGGCUUUGACGUGAGCGCUGCGGACCUUGCGCGGCACGACUCGCUCGCUCGCCUCGUCGCGCACAAGGCGCGCGGCGGCGACGUCGCCGCCGCGCGCCGCGCCCACUUUGACGCACUCUGCGCCUCAUACACGCAAACGUACGGCGCACUGGUCCAGCACGCCGUCGGCGGCCGCGCUGUGCAGAUUUUGCCCACCACGACGCUGCAAUCGAGCAUGCUCAUGGAGUCGCACGUCGACGCCAGCCGGUACUGGCUCCACCGCCUUGUGCCCGUGCGCGGCACGCUCUCGCUGGAUGCGCUGCAGGCAGCGACCCUGCAGCUCAUCCGCGAGUUUGACUGCCUGCGCAUGGGCUUUGUCGAAGUGCGCGCAUCCGCCGCGGCCGCGGCGCAAGCGUCGCCCUAUACCCCGCUGUAUGUGACUGCCGUCUGGGAUACCUACGAGCCCACCGUCCCAUGCGUCCCGCUUACCACCACACCGCAAGACGCAUCGGCGCUCCUGCAGACCGUCGUGCCGCACGCGCCUACCAACGGCACGCCUCCCAUGCACGUCGUGCUUUUGAGCGGCGCGCAGCCCUACGUCGCGCUUGUCCUCCACCACGCAUUGUACGACGCCACCACGGUCCAGUGGCUCGGCGCGCGCCUGGACCAGCUGUGUGCAAAGGCGCCUGCGACGCACGAUCCCCCGCUUCCGUUCCGCACCGCGCUCGGCGAUCUCGUCCCGCUCGACGCCGCAGAAGAGCGCGCUACGCUGCAGAAAUGGGACGCGGCGCUUGCGGCCUACCCGCGCGACAUGCGCCUCGUCUUCCCCAGCCUUGCGGAACGCGCGCCGCAGGCGCACGGCCUCGCGCGGCGCACCUACCGCGCCAAGACGCGCUGGAGCGCGAUGGAAGACGCGGCCGUGCGUAUCGGCAGCUCGGUCCGUCCCCUCGCGCAGCUCGCGUGGGCGCGCGUGCUGUGUGCCAUGAUGGACACCGAGUGCAUCCUGCUCGGCGACGCCGUCUCGCAGCGCAACGCGCGCGCCAGCUAUGCGGACGUCGACGGGCCGCUCCUCGCGACGCUCGCCGUGCCGAUCGAUUUGCGCGGCGGCGCGUCCGUUGCGCAGUGCGCCAAGCGCCUGCACCGCUUCCAUAUCCAGAUGCUCGACCACGCGCAUGUGCCUUUGCCGUACAUCCGCCAGCAGAUCGCGUGCCCCCGCGACCGGCCCUUGUUUGAGAGCCUCUUUUUGCUCGAGACGGACGUGGAGGAUGCGCCGCAUGCGCUCCUCGAUUUCCCUUGCGCCGUCGACGCGGGCCUCGCCGUGGAGCACGCCAUCGCGCUCGAAGUGCGUGUGCUGCGCGACGGCGCGCUCGAGCUCGCGCUUAACUGGCACGCGUCGCAAAUCUCUGCGUCCUACGCCCAGCUGCUCCUCGAGCAGAUGGACGCAAUUCUCGAUGCGUACGCGCGCAGCACCGACAUGCCCGUCCUGCGCCACACACUCACCGACCCGUCCCUCUGCGCCGCCCCCCCCACGGCCCCCGCCCUGCCCACGCCCUGGGCCAAUGUCGCGCACUGCGUCGCGCACCACGCCGCGACGUGGCCCGUGCGCGACGCGGUCGAGUGUGUCGCAAGCUUCGCUCCGUACACACACGUGACGUGCAGCUACGCCGCGCUGCACGAGGCGAGUGCGGCGCUCGGCGCGGCGCUCGGCGCGCUGUGCGAGCGCGGCGCUGUCAUUGCCGUGGCGCUGCCGCGCAGCAUUGAGACGUACGUGGCGCUUGUCGGCAUCCUCCGCGCUGGCAUGGUCUACCUGCCGCUGGACGAGUCGCUCCCCGACGCGCGUCGUCGCCUGCUCGUCGAGGACAGCAACGCAGCGCUUGUCCUGAGCGACCGCGGCGCGGUGCCGUGGACGUCGGUGCGUGUUGAAAGUGUGGCCGCGCUGCAGGAUGCGGGCGCCCGCGCGCCGCGGCCGCCGACGCCGCCGCCGACGCAGCCCAGCGACGCGGCCUACAUCCUCUACACCUCUGGGAGCACCGGCAAGCCGAAAGGGUGCAUCCUCACGCACGCCAACCUUGCCGCGGCGAUCAGCAACUUUGCGUGCACGUUUGAGCAGGCCAAGCCGGGCACGCUCGCGCGCGCGCGCUUCCUUGCGCGCUCUGCAGAGGCGUUUGACGUGCACCUCCUCGAGGCCUUUGUGCCGCUUGCCGCGGGCGCCACGGUAGUCACCAUGCCGCGCAGUCUGCUGCUCGAGGAUCUUGGGCGCGCCAUGGCGGCGACGCGCGUCACGCAUGCGUGUGUAGUGCCCUCGCUCUUCUUCACGCAGGGCCGGCGCAUCGUGCCCGAGGACGUGCCGAGCCUCUGUGUGCUGCUCGUCGGCGGCGAGAAGAUGGCCAGCGACAUUGUCCGUGUGUGGGGCGCGUCGCCGAUUCCCGUCCUCAACGCGUACGGCCCCACGGAAGCGACGAUCGGCAGCUCGUGUGCGCACGUCGGCAGCGACGCGCUCGCGAGCCAGAUCGGCGCCGCGUUUCCCGGCAACCAGUACGUCGUCCUCGCCGGGAAUGAUCGCCACGUUGCCAUGCGCGGCGAGGUCGGCGAGCUGUGCAUUGUCGGCAGCCACGUCGGCCGCGGCUACCUCGGCGAGGAAAGCGCCGCGGCCUUUUUUUACUACGACGGAAAGCCCGCGUACGCCACCGGCGACCGCGCGAGGAUCGGCCCGAGCGGCGCGGCGGAGUACGUCGGGCGCAUCGGGUCCAGCCAGGUCAAGGUGCGCGGCGCGCGCGUCGAGCUCGACGAGGUCGACGUCGCCGUCCAGAGCGCUGCCCGCGCGCAAUUUCCCCACGCCGCCACGCUCCUGCUCACGCACCCCCAGCACCCCGAGCCGCACCUUGUCGCGUUCCUUGCACACACCGCGCACGCCGUUGAGCACGAGCUGCCGGCGGUGCGCCCCGACGCUGACAGCGUCGCGGCGCUGCAGUCGGCGCUGCGCAGGCAGCUCAGCACCUACAUGGUCCCGAGCGUCUUUGUGCCGCUCACCUACCUGUGCCUCGCCAGCGUCUCGGGCAAGGUCGAUCGCCGCGCGCUGCGCGCGCUGUACGAAGCACAACCUCUCGACGCACUCCUCUGCACGCCCGACGACGCGGCGCCGAGCAGCGCACGCGAACGUGCGAUUGCCGCGGUCGUCGAGGACGUGCUUGCGCCGUCCAUCCCCUUGCGCAUGCACACGGACCUCUACGGCGUCGGGCUCGACUCGCUCCGCGCCGUUCGCCUCGUGCAUGCGCUCCACGCACACGCCCACGCCAUCUCGCUCGCCGCGCUCCUCGCCACGCCCACGCUCCACGGCAUUCUCGCGGCGGUGGCGGAAACAACGCCAGGCGCCGACGCCGCCGAGCGCAGCGACGUGGAGAGGCGCGCGGCGGCCAUGCUUGCCGUGCGCCGCAUCGCCGUCACAGACGUCUACCCCUGUGUGCCGCUGCAGCAAGGCACGCUCGCGCAGACGCUCGGCAGCCCCGCAAAGCGCCUCUACAUCAACCAUGUGCGCAUGCAGCUCGCGCCCGACGCGCGCAGCGGCGCGCUGCAGCAGUGGUCUGCGUGCCUUGCGCGCUACCCCAUCUUUGCCACGCUCUUUGUCGAGGUGGAGCCCGGCGAGUGUGUCCAGGCGGUGCUCGCAAAGCCGCCCGCGCUCGGCAGCAGCAUCGAUGCGCCGUGCACGCCCGCCGCGUGCGACGCGAUUGCCGACGCGAUGAUUGCGGAUGUAUUUUCCGCGCCGCUAGUGCGUCUCACGCUCUUUUCCGACCUCUUGGUGCUCAGCAUGCACCACGCCGUGUACGACGCGAGCUCCCUCGCGCACGUUUUUGCCGCGAUGCACGCGCCUCACGCGUCGCGCCCCACGCCGUCGUUUGCAGCAUUCAGCCGCACCGUCGCCUCUGCCCAGCAAAGCGCGACGCAGUACUGGGCCACCGCGCUGAAGGAGUACAGCCGCGCGCCGCUCCCGUGCAUGACCGGGCACUACGACGACGGCGACGCAAAUGCGUCGUGCACGCUGCGCGCCGCGCUCUCCCUCUCGGCACUGCGCGCCGCCGCGCAGACGCACCGUGUGACGCUGCAUGCCAUGGCUCUCGCUGCGUUUGCGACGGUGCUUGCUGCGUACCUCGGCGAAAACUCGUUCAUCCUGGGCCUCGUGCUUUCCGGGCGCACAAGCGACGUGCACCAUGCCGAGGUCCCGGGGCCGUGCAUCACCACGGUGCCGUUUGCGUGCGAGCGGCACGACACGCUUCUCGACACGGUGCGUGCCACGCACGACAAGCUCCGCGCGCUGCUGCCGCACCAGUUUGUCGACCUGGCCGCGGUGCGCCGCGCGCUGCGCGCCGACGGACCGCUCUUUGACGUCCUCUUCAACUUCCUCCCCGACGCGGACCCCCUCCUGCCGCCCGGCGUGACGCACGUCGCGGACGAGAUGGAGACGGGCAUGCCGCUUGCGUUGGAAGUGCGCACGCACGACGCGAGCGACACUGUCACGCUGUACACGGCGUACGCCACCGCAUCGCUCCCUGCGGCGCAGGCGCAGCUGCUCCUUGCGCAAGUCGACGACGUGCUGCAGCGCAUCGUUGUGGAGCAUACGACGCCCGCGCGCCUUUGCUCCGUGGUGCAUGCGACGCCCACGCAGCCCACAGACGCGGACGCCUUCCUUGUGCGCUUUGCGCGCCACGCGGCCGCCUGCCCCGAUGCCGACGCCAUCACCUUUGCCUCGUCUUUUGCGCCGCUGGUCGCCGAGACGCUGAGCUAUUGCGAGCUCGACAGGCAAAGCACCGCGUGUGCGGAGCACCUUGCGGCGGCCCCCGGCGACGCCGUCUUUGUCCACCUCCCGCGCAGCAUGUCCAGCUACGUGUGCCUGCUUGCCGCGUGGAAAGCGCGCAAGACGUACGUGCCGCUGGACCCCACGCUGCCGAAAGAGCGCCUCACGUACAUGAUGGACACCGUCGGCCCCGGCCUCCUGCUCACCGCCGACGCUGCCUUUUCUCCCCACGGCGUGCUCCUCGCGUCGCUGGGCGCUAUGCCGCGCGCGCCGCUCCCUUCCCCCACGCUCGACACCCCCGCUUACAUCCUCUUUACCAGCGGCUCCACCGGCAAGCCCAAAGGCGUGCAGAUCGGGCACCGCGCGCUCGCCGCCGCGAUCCUCUCCUGGGACGCCAUGCUCCCGCAUAGCCCCGACUCGCGCAUGCUGCAGCUCGCGUCGCCCGGGUUCGACGUGAGUCUGUUUGAGAUCUGCCUCCCCCUCGCGCUGGGCUUUGCGAUGGCCAGCGCGCCGAAAGAGCGCCUCCUCGACGACCUCGAGCUCGCCAUGCGCGCGCUGCGCAUCACCGUUGCCGACCUGCCCGCCGCGCUCGCGUCCCUGGUGCAUCCCAGCAACCUGCCCCCCCUCGAGUGGCUCAUGAGCGGGGGCGAUGUGAUUGACGAGCGCGUCGUGCACACCUGGUCCACGCCCCCGCAGCGCCUCAUCAAUGCAUACGGGCCCACAGAGGGCACCAUCGGCAACACGCUCGGCUUCAUGCAUCCCAACACGCGCCGCAGCGUCGUCGGGCACGCAUACCCCACCUCCACGCUCUACGUCCUCCGCGGCGACGAGCUUGUGUACGCCGGCGGCGUCGGCGAGCUCGUCGUCGCCGGGCCCCAAGUCGCCGACGCGUACUGCCGCGCGCCCGAGCUCACCGCGGCCAAGUUUCCCACGCUCUUUGGCUCGCGCGCGUACCGCACCGGCGACCGCGGGCGCAUCCUCGCCGACGGGCGCGUCGAGUGCCUCGGGCGCAUGGAGCGCGGCCAGGUCAAGAUCAACGGCCAGCGCGUCGAGCUGGACGAAAUCGCGCACGAGCUCGCCGUCGAGCCGCACAUCCUCGACGCCAACGUCCAGUACCUGCAGCACCCCACGCACCCCGCCAAGCAGCUCGUCGCGUUCCUCGCCGUGCACCGCACGCCCGCCCCGCCCGCCUCGCAGCCCCUCGCGCUCCUCGCGCCCGCCGAAAGCGCACAGAUCGCCGCGGCGUGCGUGCAAGGCGCACAGCUGCGCCUCGCGCCCUACAUGCUCCCUGCACACCUCCUCCUCCUCGCACACGCCCUCCCCCUCACGCCAAACAACAAAAUCGACGUGCACCGCCUCGCCGCGCUGUACCUCGACAUGGACCCCGCCCUGUUUGCGCCGCGCCGCGCCGCGCACACCAGCGCCGUAUCGCCUACCGAGCGCGUCCUCCUCGACACCCUUGCCGCCUUUCUGCACACGGAAAACGUCGACCGCGACGCGUCGUUUUACGCGCUCGGCCUCGACUCCCUCUCUGCGAUCCGCCUCGUGCGCGACCUCGCCGCAAACGGCGUGCGCAUCUCCGUCGCACAGCUCCUCCACGCCGCGACGCCGCACCGCGCCGCCGCAUCGCUCGAAAGCGCCGCUGGGCUUGACGAUCCAAGCGCCGCGUACGCCGCGCUCCUCGCCGCGCCCGCCUUUGCCGCCGUGCGUGCGCGCGUACAAGCGCCGUUGCACCCCGCGACCGCGCUGCAGGCGGGCAUGCUCACGAGCACGCUCGCGAGCCACGGCAGGCUCUACGUGCACAUGCACGGCUUUGCCGUGCCUGCAAGUGCGGACGAGUGCGCGGCUGCCUGGACGCGCAUCGUGGACAUGAACGAGAUGCUGCGCACCACCUUUCACGCCACCGACGAUCCCCGCAUCCCCUAUCUCCAGGCCGUGCACGCCCACCACACGCCCGCCAUUCAUGUGCACCACGGCGACCCGCAAUCCACGCUCGCGUCCUGCCCCGCGCACUGGACGUCCGCGGAGGCGCUCGCCGCCGCGCCGCUGCACACGCUGCACCUCUUUGUGGGCCGCGAGACGCGCUGCGUGCUUGUGCUGCACCAUGCACUGUACGACGCACACGCGCUCAGCGAGCUCCUUUACGACUGGAACGCACUCCUCCAGCGCGGCGAUAUCCAAGCGCGGCCCCCUUUCUCGACGCUCCUCCCGCACCUCUGCACCGGCGCAUCCCACGUGCCGUACUGGGUCGAGACCUUGCAGCACUACCGCCCCACGCCCAUGCUUCCUCGCGGCGCAGCGCUCGACGCAUGCACCGCCGCAUGGACGCUGCCCACCUCGCCAGACAAGGCGCGCCGCGUGUGCCGCGACGUGGGCGUGUCGAUGCACGCGCUCGCGACGCUCGCUUUUGCGCACCUGCUUGCGCACCUGCACGCAAGCAGCGACGUGUGUUUCGGGCAGGUGCUCAGCCUGCGUGGCGACGUGCCGGACGCGGAGCGCGUGAUUGGGCCCGCCCUCAACACGGUCCCCACGCGCAUUCGCCUGCGCGGCAGCGCGCACGCGAUGCUGCGCGCCGUGCAGGACAGCACCGAUGCCGCGCGCGCGCACCGCACUGCGCCGCUGCGCGACAUCACGGCGUGCCUCGCGAAGCAGGGUCUCGGCGCGCCGCUUUUCGACGCGCUCCUUGACGUGCAGCAUCACACGGACGAGGCGCACACGCCGCUCCUCGCGCCGUUUGCCAUGGACAGUGUCGAGGACAACGUGCAGUACGCCCUCAACCUCGAGUUCAUCCACCACCCGCAGCGCCUCGGCCUCGUCGCCACGGCACGCACCGCGUUUGCCGACGCCGACAAGCUGCACAGCCUGCUGCAGUACAUGGGGACGUGUGUCGAGGAGAUCCUCGACGACGCGACGCACGCCGCGCCGCCCGCCGCGCCGCUUGUCGCGCGCCGCGCGCACCAAGACGCGCCGCGUGCGAUCCUCGAUCCCCUCCGCGAGAUCCUCGCCGACGUCGCGCACGUCCUGGUGGACCAGGUGACGCCCACGACGCCGCUCCUCGCGCUGGGCCUCGACUCCAUCGCCGCGAUCCGCAUCGCGGCACUUGCGCGCGCGCGCGGCCUGCCGCUCCAGAUGCGCGACAUUGCCGCCGGCGCGGACGCGACGGAAGUUGCGCUCGAGUACCUCGCACGCGCCGAAGCGCCCGUGCCGGCGCCGCAGCAGCGCGCGCCUUGCUCGCUGGACGAGGCAGCCGCGGCGCUCGGCAUGCCCGCGCAUGCGUACAGCGCCGUGCUGCCCGUCGCGCCGGGCCAGGCGUACCAGCUCGCCGUGAUGGUCGCCUCGUCCUACCGCGAGGGCCUCUUUUCGUUUGCCUACCGCGUAGAGCGCCUCGACGCGCCGCGCCUCCGCACCGCGUGGACAGCGCUCGUGGAGCGCCACGCGAUUUUGCGCACCGUGUUUGUCGGCACCGCACAGGGCCUCGCGCAGGUGCAGUGCACUGACACGUAUGUGCCGCCGUUUGCGACGCACCGCGCGGCGCGCGCCGCGCAAGGCAUCGACGAGGUCAUGCGUGCGCAGCGCACCGUCGAGAAUGCGCUCACAACGCCGUGUGCGCGCCUCGCGGUGAUCCACGCCGCGGACGGCGACGUGAUGGUGCUCACGCUCCUGCACGCCAUGUACGAUGCGUGCUCGCUCCAGCUGCUCGUCGCGGAUCUCGAGGCGCUGUACCUCGGGACGCCGCUUGCGAGCGUCCCUGGCAUACUUCCCCUGCUCGCCGCGCCGCCUUCUAGCGACGAGAUCAGGAUGCGCUUCGGCGCCUACGCUGCCGCCGCGCCGUGCAUGCUCGGCACGGUGGCGCCGCCCGCGGCGCACCACACCUUUGUGCAGCUGCCAAACGCCCUCGCGAGCGAUGCGCUGCGCCAUGUGACGCAGCAGCACGCCGUGCCGCUCGCCUCGCUGUUUGUCGCUGCAUGGGCGCAUGUCGUGCACCGCGCGACCAACACCACGCCGAUCCUCGGCAUGCUGCAGCUCGCACGCGCGACCAUUCCCGACGCGGACCGCCUCGCCGCGCCGUGCGUCAACAUGGUGCCCCUCGCGGUGCCUGUCCAGCCCACGCUGCUGCAGACGGCGUUUGCAGCGCACGCGGCGCUGCGCCACCUGCAGCCGCUCGAGCAGACGAGCCUCGCGGCGAUCCACGAUGCGCUGGGCCUGCCCAUGUCGCCGCGCUUCAACGCCGUGCUGAAUAUUCUGCGCGCCGAGGAUGCGCCGCCGCACGCGCACUUUUGCCCGAUUCAGGAUGCAGGCCUCGAUACGCUCGCGGAUGCUGCACCGAUUGCACAGCAUUCGUCGCUCGAGGCAUGGCCGCAGCUUGCGUGCUACGCAUCGACGUACAUCAGCGUCGAUGUCCGCGUGGAAAGCGCCCAGAUUUCCUUUGCGCUCCGGUGCCCGGCCAAUGUGCUCGACACGGCCACUGCAGAGCAGCUGCUGUACAGCCUGCGUGCGACGCUGCAGUCCAUGGACGGCGGCGCGGCGCUGCCGGAAGAAGCACUUGUAGGUACCGUGUAG